GGUGGAGUAGGAGGUGGUGGUGUAGGAGGUGGUGGAGUAGGAGGUGGUGGAGUAGGAGGUGGUGGUGUAGGAGGUGGUGGAGUAGGAGGUGGUGGUGUAGGAGGUGGUGGAGUAGGAGGUGGUGGUGUAGGAGGAGUAGGAGGUGGUGGUGUAGGAGGUGGUGGAGUAGGAGGUGGUGGUGUAGGAGGU